GGCAACAAAGCGACGUAAACAACACGCGGCUUUGGAGGUGUAGCAUAGUGGUGUGUGUGACCUGAGGGGACCAAGAUCUUUCCUUCCCUUCCCUCUACGCACUUCAGACACUCAAGGUGAUGCCGGGGCCGCGUGGGUACGACUUCUGGCGGGAGACCCUGGGUGGUGCGCGGCUGGCGGUGGCGCCAAUGGUGGACGCCUCUGAGCUGGCGUGGCGGCUGCUGUCCCGACGCUACGGUACCGAGCUGUGCUACACGCCCAUGCUGCACGCCCACGUCUUCGUCAAGGAUGCGCGGUACAGGCGGGAGAACCUCGCCUCCUGCCCCGAGGACCGCCCGCUCAUCGUCCAGUUUUGCGCUAACGACCCGGACACCUUCGUGGCGGCGUGCCAGCUGGCCGCCCCGCACUGUGAUGCCGUGGACCUCAACCUGGGGUGUCCUCAAGCCAUCGCCCGCCGCGGCCACUACGGAGCCUUUCUGCAGGACGAGUGGGACCUGGUGCGGACCAUGAUUGAAAGAGCGUCGACUGAGGUGGACGUUCCAAUCACUGCCAAGAUCCGGGUGUUCGAGGAUGUAGUAAGGACGGUGGAGUACGCGAGGAUGCUAGAGGGCGCUGGUGUCUCCUUGCUUACUGUACACGGCAGGACUAGGGAGCAGAAGGGUCCCCUCACUGGUCUUGCCUCUUGGCCACACAUCAAAGCCGUUAAGGAGGCAGUCAAGGUUCCUCUGAUCGCAAACGGCAACAUCCAGUACCUGGCGGACGUGGAGAGGUGUCUUGCUGCCACGGGUGCUGACGGCGUGAUGAGUGCUGAGGGCAACCUGCACAACCCCGCCCUCUACGCUGGCACUCAUCCCCCCGUGUGGCAGGUGUCCCUUGAGUACCUCCACUUGGCACUCGAGCACCCCUGUCCCACCAGCUACUCCCGCGGGCAUGUCUUCAAGCUUCUGCAUCAUUGUCUGUCCAUGCCGGAGAACUUUGAUUUGCGGUACCGUCUUUCCAAAACCUCCCGGGUCGAGGACAUGAUCGGCGUGGUGGAGGCUCUGAGGGACCGCAUGUCGCCUUAUCACACUGGGGAAAAGGCGUGGGAACCUGACCCCGCCUCAGAGCAAGCCCGCCUCCCGAUGCCUCCGUGGUUGUGUCAGCCCUACGUUCGCAUCCCACCCGAGGAGCAUCUCAAGAAGGUGCAGGAGAGUCAGCAGCGCGCCCUCCAAAUCCAGAAGCAGAAGGAGAAGCAGAAGCAGCAGCAGGAGGAGGAGGAGGAUGGUGAGCAACAGCUGGAAGAAAAUGGUGAUGGUGACAACAAUAAGAGACCAGCGGAAGAGGGCGAGGCGAGUGAUCUGUCCAAAAAGAAGAAGAAGAAGAUGGUGAGGAACCCGAGGAAGUCUUUUGGGAAGCAGCACGACCAUUGAAAGUGUGUCUGUCGGAACCCCAAGGGAGGCCGCUGCUCGCACGGGCUGUGCCGGGCUUGCUGCAAGGUGAAGUGCUACACGCAGGGCCUGGACUGUCCCGGCCACCGCAUCUUGGUUAAAACCAAGCGGGAGAAAGCCGCGAUAUACUACGCCCAGCAGGAGGCGCUGAAGAAGGAGCAGGAGGGGAAGGAGGGUGAGGCAACGGACGAGAAUGCUGGGGAGAAGCUGGUGUCGUCCCCGCCUCCCGAGGACCAGAGGCAGGAGCACCAGACCACGGACUCGCCUUCCCAGCAGGAGCCGCCGCCUCCACUCACGGCAGAGGCGGAGGCUCGUGAAUCAGGGAAGACGGAUGAACCCUUGGGGCCUGAGGGAGUUGCUGCAGAGGAAUCAAUCGGCACUCUACUGCAGGAGGCUCCCAAUGGUCUCCCCGAUGACUCUCCGCCACUUACUGGCGCGGAGAAAGACUCUCAGGACUCAGGAUUGGCCAAGCCUGUCACUUAGCGAGGCAUUGGUCUUGUCGGUGACGCAACGCAGGCACACACUCACACAUACACACACACACACGCACAUACACUAUACUCAUAUAUUUUGAAUAAACAGGCAAAUUGUA